AUGUGGCGUUACGAGAAGCAAGUGUUGAGUGAGCACUGGCCUCUCAAUGAGCAGGAAUUUUGGCCGGGGAAAAGUUACGAUUACAAUGGUUAUGUGGAUAUAAUAGCCGCUGGGAAAAAGCAUCAUCGAUUUGGACGACCAAAUAUGCUACUAACUGAAUACUUGGAAGAAGUGGAACGGAUAAAUCAGGUCAGUGUUACAAGGGAGGAGUGCCAAGUGACAGAAACAACUGAAAUUGUCUAG